AUGGCCGUUUCACAGAGUCUUUUCAAGAAGGCAAUCCCAUUAUAUCACUCAUCAGCUUUUACAGCUCCAUUAACGGCCAAAACUGUAAGAAUAAACAUCCCAAAUUUCAUUUCACUAUCAGCCCAAAUGAAAGGUUACAAUUACCUAUCCGAUUUAGAACCUAUAGAGAUACCACCAGAAAAGCCUGAUAAGGAGCCACCAAUAUCACCUCCAAGCCCAAGCCCAGAUUUUCCAGGCCCACCAAAUCCAUUACCACCUGAACAUGAUCCACCAGGCCCAGACAUGCCUGGGCCUCCGCCCGAGAUUGUUCCGCCUGGUGGGCCCGAUGUUGUACCUCCGGUGGGGCCAGAGAUUGUUCCACCUGGUUGGCCCGAUGUUACACCUCCGGCCCCACCGGAGAUUAUUCCACCUGGUGGGCCGGAUGUUGUACCUCCGAAACCGGAGGAGAAUUCAGUAGAAAAUGUGUUAGAUAUAAAGAAAAGCUCAUCUUGA